UGGCUGCAGCGGCGGCUCUGGCCGCACCUGUGGGCGGACGCGCGGUUCCUGCUGCGGGCGCUGCUGUGCCGCCGCCGGGUGCUGCGGGGCGCGGGGUCCAGCCUGGCCCAGCGCUUCGCCGGCCUGGCGCGGGCGGCCCCGCAGCGGCUCUUCCUGCGCUUCGAGCGGCAGCGCUUCAGCUACGGGCAGGCGGAGCGGGCGAGCCGGCGGGUGGCCAACGCGCUGCGCGCCUGGCGCGGCCCCGGGGGGCCCCUGCGGCCCGGCCACACCGUGGGGCUGCUGGUGGGCAACGAGCCCGGCUUCGUGUGGGCCUGGCUGGGGCUGGCCCGGCUGGGGGCCGUGCCCGCCUUCCUGGGCACCGGCCUGCGCCGCGGGGCGCUGCUGCACUGCCUGCGGGGCUGCGGGGCGCGGGCGCUGCUGGUGGCGCGCGAUCUGUAUGAAGCGGUGGAGCCCUUGCUGCCCACCCUGCAGGAGCAGGGCAUCGUGGUGUGGAUGUUGGGCCCGGGCCCCUGCCCGCCGGGGGUCACCAGCUUGCAGGAGCUGAUGGAGGAGGCAUCCGAAGAGCCGGUGCCCUCAGACUUAUCCACGCCCAGGGACAUGAUGGACACCUGCCUCUACAUCUUCACCUCGGGCACCACAGGGCUGCCCAAGGCUGCCCGCAUCAGCCACCUCAAGUCCAUCAUGUGCCUGGGCUUCUACCGCCUGGUGGGGGCCUCCAGCAAGGACGUGAUCUACGUGGCGCUGCCCCUGUACCACAUGUCGGGCUCCCUGCUGGGCAUCGUCGGCUGCAUCGGGAUCGGUGCCACGUGUGUGCUGAAGAGGAAGUUCUCAGCCAGCCAGUUCUGGGGCGACUGCCAGCACUAUGGGGUGACCGUGUUCCAGUACAUCGGGGAGCUGUGCCGCUACCUUGUCAACCAGCCCAAGAGAGAAGGGGAGCGGGAUCACAGCCUGCACCUGGCCGUGGGCAGUGGGCUGCGGCCCGACGUCUGGCGGGAAUUCCUGCAGCGCUUCGGCAACGUCCGCAUCGUGGAGACCUACGGCAUGACCGAGGGCAACAUCACCUUCUUCAACUACACCAGCACCCUGGGGGCAGUCGGCCGCGGCAGCUUCCUCUACAAGCUCUUCUGCCCCUUUGAGCUGGUGCGCUACGACGUGCUGCAGGGGGCGCCGGUGCGGGACGCGGCCGGGUGGUGCCAGCGGGUCGGCCCAGGCGAGACGGGGCUGCUGAUCGCGCCGGUGACCCCCCAGAACCCCUUCCUGGGCUACGCGGGCGGCCGGGAGCUCUCGGAGCACAAGCUGCUGCGCGGGGUCUUCGCCGAGGGAGACGCCUACUUCAACACGGGCGACCUCAUGGCCCAGGACGCCGCCCAGUUUGUGUAUUUCCGGGACCGUACCGGGGACACCUACAGGUACCAGAGCCACAGGGACACCCCCGUCCCCCCCCG